CCCUCUUUUGCUUUUCCCAAAACUCUUGCAGGCUAGGGAGGCGUGACCUGCAUCUUGAAUGCAAAGUCAGGCAGAAAUCUGGAAAUACAGCUGAAGCCAGUAGUUAAACAGUAGUGACAAGAAAAAAUAUGAUGGAACUUUGUAUAAAAAGGUUCCUUAUAACAUUGGUUGUGUAUAACUUGAUAUUAUUUCAGUCAAAUGCAAUUGAGUUAAAAGGCAUGUUUGGAGAGAUUCGGUCACCAAACUUUCCAGAGGGCUAUCCUAGAGAUUCUAACAUUUCUUGGAAUAUUUCUGUCCCUGAUGGGUUCAGGGUUAAGCUUUACUUUUCACACUUUGACCUGGAACCAUCUUAUCUUUGUGAAUAUGAUUAUGUAAAGAUUGAAGCUGAUGGCCAAGUGCUCGGCACAUUCUGUGGGCAGGAAAGCACAGACACAGAACAAAUCCCAGGACAACAAAUGUAUUUUUCUCCUGCCCAUGACAUGACAGUUACCUUUAUAUCAGAUUUCUCUAAUGAGGAACGUUUCACAGGUUUUGAUGCCCAUUUUGCUGCUGUGGAUGUGGAUGAAUGCAAAGAGAAGAAUGAUGAAGAGCUGGCCUGUGACCACUACUGCCACAACUACAUUGGGGGGUUCUACUGCUCCUGUCGGUUCGGUUACAUCCUGCACACAGACAACAGAACCUGCAGAGUGGAAUGCAGUGAUAAUCUUUUCACUGAAAGGAGUGGAAUAAUUUCUAGCCCAGAUUUCCCAAAUCCAUAUCCAAAGAGUUCAGACUGCCUUUACAGAAUUGAAUUGGAGGAAGGCUUUGUAAUCAACCUAAUGUUUGAAGAUAGCUUUGAUAUUGAAGAUCAUCCUGAAGUUAUGUGUCCUUAUGACUAUGUAAAGAUAAAAGCUGGAAGAAAGGAGUUUGGCCCCAUCUGUGGUGACCGGUCUCCUAGACGGAUUGAAACAGGAAGUUACAGCGUACAGAUCCUCUUUCACAGUGACAAUUCUGGAGAAAAUGGAGGAUGGAGGCUUUCCUAUGAUGCAGUUGGUACACCAUGUCCAGUCCCUCAGCCACCAGUAAAUGGGAAAAUUGAACCUUCUCUGAAACAGUAUUCUUUCAAAGACCAAGUUCUCAUCACCUGUGACACUGGAUACAACAUGAUAAAGGACAACUUGGAGAUUGAGAAGUUCCAGAUUGUGUGUCAGAAAGAUGGAAGUUGGAGCAGCGUCAUGCCCACCUGUAGAAUUGUAGACUGCCAAACACCACCAAUUCUGGAACAUGGAUAUGUAGAAUUCAACACAAGAAACAAUCUCAGUACUUAUCAGUCGCAGAUUGAGUAUUUCUGCCAGCAAGCAUUUUACCAAAUUGUUCCCAACAUUACCAGUAUUUAUACUUGUCAAGAAAACAAGAGGUGGAUGAACAAAAAUCUUGGAGCCAAACUGCCAACUUGCCUCCCAGUAUGUGGUAUACCAGCAUUUUCAAGGACAAAACUGGCCAGAAUUGCUGGAGGAAAAUUUGCCGAAAGGGGUAUGUCUCCAUGGAUUGCUAUGCUAUCGAGAAGUGGAAGCCCUUUCUGUGGUGGCUCAUUGAUCGGAGACAACUGGAUUGUAACUGCUGCUCACUGUUUACAUAAUUCACUUGAAGAAGACCGUGCAAACCUGCUCAGUUCCGAUAUUGUUGAUUCAUCUUCAUUCAAAAUUAUUUUAGGAAAGCACAGAACAAGACAGCAGGAUAACACAGAGCAGUCCUUGCAAGCCAAAAAUAUAAUUCUUCAUCCUCAGUACAAUUUUUCCACAUAUUCUUUUGACAUUGCGCUUCUUGAGCUUAAUAACCAUGCAAUUCUGAAUAACUAUGUGAAACCAGUCUGCCUUCCAGAUGAAGAAACUACCAGCACUGUGCUUCAUGAAGGUGAUAUGGUUAUUGUCAGUGGAUGGGGAAAACAGUUCCUUCAAAAAUUACCAGAUUCACUUGCAGAGAUUGAGAUUCCAGUAGUAGAUCAUAGCAAAUGCAAGGAAUCAUAUGCCAAACUGCAGAGAAGUGUAACUGAUGACAUGAUCUGUGCAGGGGAAAAAGAAGGAGGAAAAGAUUCCUGCCAAGGAGACUCUGGUGGACCAAUGGUAACAAUAAACAAACAAACUAAGCGUUGGUUUCUGGCUGCCACUGUGUCAUGGGGAGUUGGCUGUGCACAAAAUGAGAAAUAUGGAGUAUAUUCAAAUGUCCAAAAGAGCUUGUCCUGGAUUAAGACUGUAACAGGCAUUUAUAAUGUCUAAAUUCAUAAAAUACAAGAAGAAUAAUGCAGUCUUUUAAAUGCUGAAUAUGAAACAAAUCUUGAAAAAAGUUUAAUUUGCACUAUAAAGUUGCUGCUGACCAAAUGCAAAUCAAUGCACUAAUCAGUUUCCUAAAACUAAACUUGUUAUAGUAAAUGUUCAUUAUUUUUUUAUCCAAACUAUUCAGUUAAGAUAUCUGAGUUACAUUUCUGGCUAAGAAGAACUGGAAUGCAUUUUUUGUGUUCACAUAUAUGAAAUACAUGAAUGAAGUGAACAGAUUUAGUGUUUUAAAAAUUGAAGAAAUAAGAAUAAAUAAAUUUAAUGCAGAAUUAA